CAUCAUUGCUAAUCUCAUCUCUAAGCCUCUUGUUUUUCGUCUUUUUCGAGCAUAGACAUAUCAACCAGUAGUCACCAUGGCCGACCUCCCUACCAGCUUCGAUCAGCCCGUCCACAUUGCCGUCAUCGGUGGCACCGGACUUGCACAGCUCGAGGGCUACGAGCCCGUUGCCGUUGUCAACCCCAUCACGCCUUGGGGACCUCCCGCCUCGCCCAUCUCUAUCCUCUCCCACAACGGCGUCAACAUUGCCUUCCUCGCCCGCCACGGCCUGCACCACCAGUUUGCACCUCACGAGGUUCCCAACCGUGCCAACAUCGCUGCUCUCCGCCAUCUCGGUGUCCGAUGCGUCAUUGCCUUCUCCGCCGUGGGCUCCCUUCAGGAGGAGAUUAAGCCCAUGGACUUUGUGAUCCCUGACCAGGUCAUUGAUCGCACCAAGGGCAUCAGGCCGUUUACUUUUUUUGAAGAUGGAGUUGUAGGCCACGUUGGAUUCGCGGACCCAUUCGACAAGAAGCUGGCCGAUAUUGUCAAGACCUGUGCGGCGCAUAUGGAGGGAGACGGCGUGGUGCUCCAUGACAAGGGCACCCUUAUUUGCAUGGAGGGACCCCAAUUCUCUACCCGCGCCGAAUCCCACAUGUACCGUUCAUGGGGUGGCUCUGUCAUCAACAUGUCUGCUCUCCCCGAGGCCAAGCUUGCCCGUGAAGCUGAGCUCGCUUACCAGGUCAUCUGCAUGGCCACCGACUACGACUGCUGGCACUCGUAUGAGGACGUCAACGUCGAGAUGGUCAUGAAGUACAUGCAUGCCAACAGCCAGAAUGCCAAGCGACUUGUUGGCGGUGUUCUGGACCAACUCUCCAAGCUGGACCACAGCGAUCUUGUCCUGGCCAAGCACUGGGAGGGUGCGUCUUCCGGCCCUGUCAAGUUCAUGACCAAGCCUGCCGGUAGGAACCCUGAGGCCAUGAAGAAGGUCGAGUACCUGUUCCCAGGCUUCUGGGAGAACUAGGCUGGAUUCAAAAAAGGAUACACAUGGGGGCGUUUGGUAGGUGGAAAAUACGGCGCAAACAAGAUGCCGGUCCAAGUCAGGUGCGUUUCUGAGGUUCAACGGCUCAUACAAUUAGCUUUCAUUUUUGCAUAUUGCCCUAUAUAUAUUUUUUAUUCUAUUUAGCUUUUUCUUUUAUGAUCUUCAGAAGAAGCCAGACAAAAGAGACUACGCGAGAUUUUUUUUUUUGGCGAUAGAUCUUCAACAGAUAUAAGAAGUUUAGACAGUCUAUGUAGAAGACAGAUAUAUCAGAUCAAACCCAGAGGGCUC